AUGGAGGUAGCGCAUUGGUUCGUACUUAACAAUUGUGAUGAGAUAAUGGCAUACUUAGAUGAGCAUGAAGAGAUGAUGAAGCGAGAACAUCCAUCACAUUUGUAUGCCAAGAAACACCGUGAUUUGUUUCCACAAUGGUUUUUGGAAUAUGUGAAUAAGUUGAAAUCAUCGAAUUCACCCUCUUACAGUGAAGAGUUAUAUAACUUGGAGUUCGGCUUGAUUUGCGCUGAAUUAUUCUCGGGUUGCCAUGUUAACGGCGUCAAGUUUUUGGCGACUGCACAAGAUGACAAGUUGUGUACGCAAAACAGCGGUGUCCAUGUCCCAGGUGGUGGCGAAAGUACGAACAUUGAUUUCUAUGGCAAACUCACAACUGUCGUGCAAUUGCUUUACAAAGACCGAUACCAAGUGAUCAUGUUUAAGUGUCGAUGGUUUGAUACAAACCCAAAUAGGCAGGGAAGUGUUAAAAUAGACGAUGGCUUACUAUCAGUGAACAUUAACAGAACUUGGUAUGAUGACGACCUUUACAUUUUGGCAAACAUGGCAAGACAGAUUGUGUAUCUAGAUGACCCUAAAGCCGGAAGCGGUUGGAAAAUAAGUUGGAUCCACUGA